CGCCGCACUCCCUCCGCGGCCGCCGAGCCGAGCGGCUGCCCCCCGGGGCCGCGCCGCAGCCCUCCGCGCGCCCCUCUAUCAUGCCCCGGGCCCGGGCCGGGGCCGCCGCAGCAGCCUGGACACCAUGCCCGAGGGCGGCGGUGGCGACGGCGGGGAGGUGCCCGCGCUCAUCCCGGACGGCGAGCCGCUGCGGGAGGAGCAGCGGCCCCUGAAACAGUCCCUGGGGAGCUCCCUGUGCCGCGAGUCGCACUGGAAGUGCCUGCUCCUCACGCUGCUCAUCCACGCCUGCGGGGCCGUGGUGGCCUGGUGCCGCCUGGCCACCGUGCCGCGGCUGGUCCUGGGGCCCGAGGCCGCCCUGGCCCGCGGGGCCGGGAGCCCCCCGCCCACCUACCCGGCCAGUCCCUGCUCCGACGGCUACCUGUACAUCCCGCUGGCCUUCGUCUCCCUCCUCUACCUCCUCUACCUGGCCGAGUGCUGGCACUGCCACGUGCGGUCGUGCCAGGCGCCGCGCACCGACGCCAACACCGUGCUCGCCCUGAUCCGCCGGCUGCAGCAGGCGCCGCCGUGCGUCUGGUGGAAGGCCACCAGCUACCACUACGUGCGGCGCACGCGCCAGAUCACCCGCUACCGCAACGGCGACGCCUACACCACCACCCAGGUGUACCACGAGCGGGCCGACAGCCGCACGGCCCGCGGCGAGUUUGACUACGCGGCCCACGGCGUCCGCGACGUCUCCAAGGAGCUCGUGGGCCUGGCCGACCACGCGGCCACGCGGCUGCGCUUCACCAAGUGCUUCAGCUUUGGCAGCGCCGAGGCCGAGGCGUCGUACCUCACCCAGAGGGCGCGUUUCUUCAGCGCCAACGAGGGCCUGGACGACUACCUGGAGGCCCGCGAGGGCAUGCACCUGAAGGACGUGGACUUCCAGGAAUCCCUCAUGGUCUUCGCCGACCCCCGCAGCCCGCCCUGGUAUGCCCGGGCCUGGGUCUUCUGGCUCGUGUCGGCCGCCACGCUGUCCUGGCCCCUGCGGGUCGUGGCGGCCUAUGGCACAGCCCACGUGCACUACCAGGUGGAGAAGCUUUUCGGCGCCAGCUCGCCGCCGCCCGGGGUGGUGCCCAGCGGGCCCGCGCUCUCCCGUGUGGCCACGGUGGACUUCACCGAGCUCGAGUGGCACAUCUGCUCCAACCGGCAGCUGGUGCCCAGCUACUCCGAGGCCGUGGUCAUGGGCGCCGGCUCGGGCGCCUACCUCCGGGGCUGCCAGCGCUGCCGCCGCUCCGUCAGCAGCAACUCGCUGCCCCCCGCCCGGCCCAGCGGCCCCCGCCUGCCCUUCAGCCGCAGCCGCCUCUCGCUGGGAGCCGGGGGCCGGGCCACGCCAGGGGUCUUCCGCAGCCUGAGUGGGGGGCCGCUGGGGCGCCACGGGGAGGACACGGAGCCCCUGGAGAGCCCGCCGUGCUACGAGGAUGCCCUUUACUUCCCGGUGCUCAUUGUCCACGGGGACAGCGGCUGCCAGGGUGACGGGCAGGGUGCGCUCUGAGGCCCCCCACGGGCCCCCAGAACGGCCCCCUCCCCACCAUGGGAAACAGACCAGCCACACACGUGGGGUGAGGCUGGGGGGGUGGGGGCUCCUUACGCAGACUAAAACGCAGUGACCCGUGGUCAUUUGGGGGGUGGGGGUAGACGGCACCCAAGUUGAAUCUGUGAACUGUCCCCAGCAUGGCUCCCCGCCCACCCUCCACAUUCCAUCCCCUGUGACACAGAUGAUCUGGCAUGGAGGCCUCUCAUGCUGGGCUGGGGAGGAAGCUUCCAGAAAGCCUGGGGUGGGGGAGAAGUCCUGGGGACAGCUGUUGCCUGCAGCAGAGGGCUGCUGUGGGCUCUUCCAGCCGUGGUGGGGGCCACAUUGAGAAACCACCCCCCCAGCAACCCAGAAGCACAAAUUAGUGGUUAGGGGCCAGGCCCAGCCGGGCCAGCCUCCCCGAAACUGAAGAGCUGGCUAAGGGGACACCCCAGCCUCGGCCCCAAACCACCCCAUCCUGCUCCCCCAGCAGGUCCCUCCCUGGCUGCCCUCUGGCCUCCGCUCAGGGCCCCUGGGUCUUGGAGCAGAGCCUUGCCCCACCCCCACUGUUUUCUCCGGUGCCCACUGCACCCCCACCCCAGACAUCCAGCUUCCCCUACAGCCUGGGGUUCCAUCUUACGGCCCCACCACAAUCUGCACAUCCCCUGAUCUCUGCUCUGCCCCCCAAAGUCCACCCGUGCCUCUGUCAGCCACACAACACCCUCCAGCUUUGUCCUCCCAUUGCUCCCCUGGACUUCUCUGCUCUUGGCCUUCCCAACGAGCCCAGGGUCACAGGCCACAGAGCAUCCGAGGGGCCCCGGCCUUGGCCUGGCCUCUUGGACGAUGCCCGUGCUCCUCCAUGGAGGCCCCUGCUUCUCCCAUCCCUGGGGCCUGGCCCAGGGGACGCACCCCUCCCCCGGGAGGAGACAGGCGUCCCUUCCCUUCCAGCUGGGGCUUCCACCCCCUCUCAGGGGCCAUGGGGGAGGAAAGAGUCAGAGAAGAUGCCGAUAAAAUAAAAGGUAUGAAACGGAA